GUUUAUUUCUUCUUCGUUUAAAAUGAUUUAUCGGUAAAAGAUAUAUUUAUUUUGCAGGCUAUGUCGUAUUGUUAUUUUUUAUUUAUUAAUUUUUGAGAUACAUGACACAAGUCACAUAGCCACAUGCCUUUUGCCCAAAUUCUAUUGUUAUUUAUGUAUCGUUUUUUUUAAAGAAAAUAAACUAUAAUUUUUUAGGAAAAAAAAAAAAAAAUUUUUUGUUUUUCAUAAUUUUAUAAAUAAAGCCAUCUUUUGGAACCUAUUUUAAAACUUAAUGUCAAAUUUAAUUUGAUAAAUUUUAACGUUAAAAAUGGAAGGAGAAGAAUUUAAUCCAACUGAACCUUAUACUCGUCGUUUACGUAAAAUCCUUGAAGAAUAUCCUGAUGGUUCACAGAUUCUUCGUGAAAUUCUUCAAAAUUCGGAUGAUGCAAAAAGUACUGAACAAGUUUUCAUUUUGGAUCAUAAUACAUAUCCAUCAAGUAGUUUGUUUAAACCGCAUUUGAAUAAUAAUUGUCAAAGAGGACUUGAUAGUUAUCAAGGUCCCGCACUUUUAGCAAAAAAUAAUUCCUUAUUUGAAGAAAGGGAUUUUAAAUCUUUGCUAAGUUUGGCUAAUAGUGAAAAACACGAUCAAUUUGAUAAGAUUGGAGUAAUGGGAGUAGGAUUCAAUUCAGUUUAUCAUAUAACCGACUCUCCUUCAUUUAUCACUGAUGAUAAAUACGUUAUUCUUGAUCCACACAAAUGGUGUUAUAAUGGUGGUGUCAAAUUCAACUUUAUCAACCAUGAAUUGGCUGAAAAAUGUCCAGAUCAAUUUGCUCCUUUCAGAAGAAUUCCGUGUGAUAUUCCAUGUGAUGAACUAUUUAAAAAACCAUUUAAAGGCACUAUCUUUCGUUAUCCUCUUCGUGAUACUACCGGUUCAGAUAUUUCUGACAAAAUUUAUAACCCGGAAGAUAUCUUAGAAAUGUUUCACAAAUUUUACGAAAUUGACAGCAUUAAUUGUUUAUUAUUUUUGAAAUAUAUCGAGUGUAUCUCUUUUUAUGAAUUGGAAAAAGGCGCCAAUGAACCUAAAUUACUUUAUAAAAUUCAAUUAGAGAAUGCUGAAAAAGUACGCCAAGAACGUCAUUUUAUAGUUGAAAAAAUUAUACCAAUGAUGGAUUUGUUAAAUUCAAGUAGUCUUAAUGAAAACAAUCAACUAAAAGCGACUUAUGUUGCAUCAUUCAGUCGUCAGAAAGGAGAUUCUAAAGAACCUAAUUCAAAAUGGUUAAUUUUGAAUUAUCUUGAUGAUUUACUCGAAACUCAAACAUAUUUUCAAAAUAAUUUUAGAAAAAACAUAAGAGACUACAAAUUUAUUCCUAAUGUUGGGCUAGCGGUUCCUUUAAAUGAUUUAAAUGUUACCGGAAAAUUAUUUUGUUUUUUGCCUCUUCCUAUCCCAAUGCCCUUCUCAGUUUCCGUGCAUGGAUAUUUUGCGGUAGGAGCUUAUUAUUAUUAUAUUGAAUGUUUUAAUAAAUAUUGCAUAUCAUAUAUUAAAAAUUUUUUCUGACUUGCUUAACAGGUUAACACUAAUCGACGCUCUUUAUGGUCUGCUGCGGAUAAUGAAGACUUGGCUGAUAAUGCAUUAGCGCAUCUAAAGGUUAAAUGGAAUCGAUAUUUAUUUGAAAAAGUCUUACCAAAAGCUUGGGUAAAAUUCCUUUGUGAACUCCCAUCUAAUAAUAUUCAAUCAGGUGAUUUGUAUAAAUUCUGGCCGAUAGUUAAGGAUGAUUCAUCAGGAAAUAUAAGUAUCUUUUGCAAGGAUCUUUUACAAAAUGUUGUAGAUUGUCUUAGUCUCGAAGAUCGCGUAUUCAAAGGUCCAUCAUCAAGCAUCAUUGGUGAAAUUAGUGGAAUA